AAUAGGAUAAAAGGCAGAUUUAUGAGUCAAACACAUUUUCCUGGUACUGUUGGUGCUAUAGAUUGCACACACAUAGCUAUAAUUACACCUCAAGAUGAAGAACACAAUUACUUGAACAGAAAAGGUUUUCAUUCAAAAAAUAUUCAGAUAAUUUGUGACUAUGAUUUAAAGAUAUUAAAUGUUAACGCUACACAUGCUGGUGCUACACACGAUAGUUUUAUUUGGAGGCAUUCUAUAAUACAGGAAGAAUUGGAGAGAUGGUACAAUUUAGGAGAUAGAAACUCAUGGCUUGUUGGAGAUUCUGGAUACCCACAACAAUGUUAUCUAAUGACACCAAUUAUUGAUGCAGCACCAGGCACUCCAGAAUUUGCUUAUACUCAAGCUCAAAUGCGAGCAAGAAAUUGUAUUGAACGUUGUAUAGGUGUAUUGAAAGGCACAUUUCGAUGUCUGAUGGCAGAAAGAAAAUUGAGAUAUCAACCACAAAAAGUGGGUCAUAUUGUAAUUGCAUGUUCAGUGCUUCAUAAUAUACGUAUGUCUGGUCAUCAAAAUUUGGAAGAAAUCUUGUUACCUGAGAAUCACAAUAAUUUUGACUAUUUCAAUAAUCACAUCGAUGUUGGUGGCAUGCAAGCAAGAGCAGAUUUGAUUGAAAGAUAUUUUAAUUAAUUAUACUGAUUUAGUGUUCUCUGCAAUUAUUUAAAUAUACUGGUUCUU